AUGACGCCGAUGCUGAAUAUGAUGCUGAUGCCGAAUGCUGAAAAUGCUACCAACACUGAAAAUGAUGCAGAUGCCAAAAAUGACGCCAGUGCUGAAAAUCACGCUGAUACUAUAAACGACACCGAUGCUAAAAAUGACACCAAAACCGAAAGCGAUGUAGAUGCUGAAAAUGACAUGGAUGCUGAAAAUCUUGCAGAUACUGAAAGUGAUGCCAACGCUGAAACUGAUGCAGCUGCUGAAAAUGAUGCCAAUGCCAAAAGUGACGCUGCUGAAAAUGACGGCAAUGGUCAAAAUGACGUCGAUGCUGAAAAUGAUGCUGAUGCUGAAAAUGAUGGCAAUGGUGAAAAUGAUGCCGAUGCUGAAAAUGAUGCCAAUGGUGAAAAUGAUGCUGAUGCUGAAAAUGACGCCAAUGGUGAAAAUUAUGCUGAUGCUGAAAAUGAUGCCAAUGGUGAAAAUAAUGCUGAUGCUGAAAAUGACGCCAAUGGUGAAAAUUAUGCUGAUGCUGAAAAUGAUGCCAAUGGUGAAAAUUACGCUGAUGCCAAAAAUGAUGCAAAUGAUGAAAAUGACGCUGAUGCCGAAAAUGACACCAGUGGUGAAAAUGACGCUGAUUCCAAAAAUGACACCAAUGGUGAAAAUGACUUGAGAAGUUACGGAUAUGCUGAUCUCUGCAAAUCUUUAAACAAGUGGGGAACCAAUGAAGAAACUUUGGCCCUCCGUGGAAAGACAACUCACGCACAAGAGGUUCCAGUGACGACGCGCUAA